AUGUCGGGAGGCAGUGGUGUUUCGGAUGGACAAAAUGACGACCUUGUGAUUACCAUCGCAACAGUUGACCCGCAAACUGCCAAAGAGCAAGCCUCAAGCUUUCGCCCAAAUGUUAUCAUCAAUAGGAGCGACAGUGGCGGCGCUGCGCAGUGUGUCAUUAUGGGCAAAGGAGAGUUUUGGUGUCCCGGUCCAACCGUCAUUGGACCUGGCAUUCAGGCGGCACAUAUCAUUCCGAAGAUAACACUGGAGUCGCUUCCCUCUCGAUGA